AAAAAUGGUGUAUGUGCCGAUUAUAUAUAAAUAUAACUAACGUAAUUAAGCACUGAAAUUUAUUUCAACUUACGAGAUGACCUUAAGAAAACGAGAUAACAACAUCGAUAGAGAAACAUUUUUCCCUUGAAGAGAAAUCACAACUUUUAAGAUAUUGGAUGUCCUUAAGUAAUCAAUAUCUCCUUUGUGAGAAGAUAAUCCAUUGUAACCAAAUGUGUCAAAAUUCAGUUUCCUCUUCUGCAGUCCAGCAAAACUCUUUUUCUUCUUCCAUCUUAUUUUCACAUCAAUACUUUCCAAAAAUCAGAAGCAAACAAGCGGCCGCAUAUCUUUAUCACCAAUAACCGACAUAUAUUUCCAAAGCCGCCUAUGAUAUUUCCUUGUAAGCUCCCAGCCUCCUAAUCCCAGUAUUAAUAUAUUCCAAAUCUAAUUGCCAAAUUUUGUUAAUUAAUUCCAAAUUAUAUCACAAAAACAAAGGCGUGCCGACCAUUUAUGUAUAUAAACCAAGUGCUUUGCAGCAAAUCUCCACGCUGCAUAAUCUAAUCUAUAUAUAUCUCCUCUCAUGACCUGUUGUUCAUGCCAACCAUGGGAGCACAAGCAGAAGAAUAUCAAACACUUCAUAUGGACGAAGUCUUGUCUUCAGAGGCUGAAAAGUCAACGACGUUGACUGAUGAGGAGGCUCAGCCAAAUCUUGAAGAAGUGGAGAAGAUCAUAGGCUAUAGCUUCACCAACAAGGUUUUGUUAAAAGAAGCUUUUACACAUUCUUCUUUUCUGUCCACAGAGCGCUCUGCCUCUUCUUAUGAGCGUUUGGAAUAUGUUGGGGACGCUGUGCUCAAUUUGUUGUUCAGCAGAGAACAAUACAAUUUGUACCCGGACUUGCCACCAGGCAGGUUGACCCGGCUCCGGGCGGCCAAUGUGGAUACCGAGAAGCUUGCACGUGUGGCUAUCAAACACGGGUUGCACCGCUACCUGCGGCACAAGAAACCCUUUCUUGAAGAACAAAUUCGAGAAUUCACCCGAGCGAUUUCGCAUUAUCCACUGCAUUCCAAUGGUCUCAUAGAUGCUCCAAAGAACCUUGCAGACAUUGUUGAAUCAACGAUAGGAGCAGUUUUCAUGGACUGCAACUCAAUUGACACUGUGUGGGAGGCGUUUAAGGAUUUGUUGGAGCCGAUAAUAAAUCCGGGGACGAUAAAGACGCAUCCUGUUACACAGCUUUAUGAAAUAUGCCAAAAGAACAAUCUAAAACUUCGGUUUGUAAAUUUGUGGGAGGAAAGCCACACGGUUGAGGUUUUCAUAAACAAUGAGAUUGUUGGAAGAGGUACUUAUAGUCUUAAAAAGGAAGUCGCACAAAACAGAGCAGCAAAAGAUGCAUUGGACAACAUUUGGAAAGUAUUAGGUGAGGAAAAAGAAAAUGCCCAAGACCAAGACCAAGAGGCAAAUUGUCAAUCUGGGGAACUACCUGAAAUGAAAAAUCUUAAUGUGUAGCCUCCAAUUUUCUUGGGAUUGUCUUGAAUUAGAUUAAGUUGAAUUAAGUACCGAGCUACAUUUUGUGAUGCGUCGGACUAAAAAAUAAAUAUUGUAAUAUUUAAAUUUAAUUAAGGAUUCUGAC